AGUAUGAAUUCUCGUAGCAUUAAUUCUACAACUGCAGGGAUUGACAUUAAACGUCAUUUGUCAGUUUAUGUGUCAGCAGUAAAUGUGCAGACAACACUGCGUAUAAGCCGAACAUCUGCCAUGACGGUGGCGGGCAUCGGGGGACUUGUCCCCUUGCUACUGCUGGGUGUGGUUCAAGGGGGCCGGUAUCACACUGUAUGCGAGCCUGUAAGGAAUGAAACGGUGUACGACUAUCGUGCUGACAGAUUGGACGGUACAUAUGUUAGUAUAAGAAGUGAACUGCGCGAUAGCGUAACACUAUUGCUGAAUGUCGCUACCUUCUGAGGUUUCACUCCUCAGUACUGGCAGUUAAAUGCACUUAUGUCAGAACUGAGUUAUCUUCCUUUCACCAUCAUUGGCUUUCCGUGUAACCAAUUCGGGCAUCAGGAACCGGGGAAUAACGCAACUGAGAUCCUCAACGGAUUGUACUACGUUCGUCCUGGACUGCAGUUUACUCCUCUGUUCCAGCUCAUGUCCAAGGUGGAUGUAAACGGGCACAGAGAGCAUCCCCUCUUCUCUUACUUGAAGGAAUCGUGUGCUGUUCCAUCAGCAUCGAACUACGAUAAAACUGAAAGUUUCUGGAACCCUAUUAAAGUGAAUGACAUUGCAUGGAACUUUGAAAAAUUCCUUAUUGAUCGUAAUGGCUAUCCUGUUCUGCGGUUCAAACCGGAAGUUGAACCCCGGCAACUUCGGGGAAUAAUUACAAUCAUGAUGGAUGAGACGCUGUCACGGGAGGAGAAAGAAAUGUACAUUUCAAUGGAAGUUCAAAGAUUGGAGCAAAAACUCCAGAUGCGACCCAACAGAAUUCAUUAGAAUAAUUCAGUAUAAUUUUAUGAAUGCCUCCCCCAAAAACCAAACUGUAAUUCUAUUAAGAGCUAUUCAGAAAUGAUCACAUAGCAAUCCACUUCACCCACAAAUAAAAAUGGUGCAUUAUCUCGUCAAGAACAAUAAAAUAAAAAUACUAACAGAAAUAAAAAAAGAAAGAAUAUAAGAUCUAAUACAUAUAUGAAAAUGAAACAUAUGUACACUCUCACUCUCUCUCUCUCUCUCUCUCUCUCUCUCUCUCUCUCUCUCACUCACUCACUCACUCACUCACUCACUCACUAACUCACUCACAAAAACGAUCACACACACAAAAAAACGAUCACACAUAUCACACACACACACACACACACACAUGCUCAUACACAACACAAACACACGGCGUUGCAGUAUUCAACGGGUACACCAUUAACUACUUUAUAAAAGAAUACUGCUGUUUAACUCGCUAUAGAUUAGUACUAAGAUAUAUAUCGUUAUUCUAAUAGAAUACAUACGUCACUAUUAAUGCGUCUUACCGUUAUUAUUGGACAUUAUUAUUUUAUUUAUCCAUAUUUAUUGGUGGUGAAGAUAUUGCUGUCGAUUAUCAUUCUUUACAUGGGUUUUUGUUUUUCGUUUGUUUGUGUUUGUUUCGUGUGUGUGUUGUUUUAGGAGUUGAUCCAGUUUUGGAUAUUUGCUGUUUCGCUGACCUCGAAAACGGCAAUACAUGAUGAGCCAUCCACAAGCCAGUGACAUGGUCGGGCAGCUCUGAAUAUGCCAAAUAAAAAUCGAGAAUUUGUGCAUUUGACUCGAUGUGUUUAUUUUGGUAUCGCCGAGACGCGAGAUCGGUGUAAUAGUAAAACAAACCCAUUUGAACGUCCGUGUGCAAACAAAUGACAUAAAAGAUCUUAAUAAAGACGUAUAAAUCUCGUA